AUUUUCCAAACUUUUUUUUUAUAGGUAUACCAUAAAUAAUAAGAUAACCUCUUAAACCCUAAACCCUGAUCAUUCGAAGAAAAACACCGAAUUUUGGCGGGAAGAUUAUUCCCCCAAAUUCCAAGCCCUUUGUUAAUUUCACGCUCUCGAUUUUCUCUCAUGCAAUCCACUUUCUACACUGCCCCCAGUUCCCACCAUUUCCAACUUCCAUGGAAAUCUCCGGAACCCAAUUUCACAGCCAGGAAAUCAAUUCCACAUAAACCCCAAAACCGCUUCAAAACCCUAACUAUCACCAAUUCCCUGAACAUCCCUCUCGGCUACGAAUCCGAGGAAGGCAUCGACCACGUACCACCUGUACCCGGACCCAGACCCAGACCCAGACCCGCCUCGCCGGGUCGCCUCCCGGUGGUGAUUCGAAGGUCUGAUAAAGUUUGUAGGUACUUCUGGGAUGGGAGUCGGUUGCAAUUGGUUUGUGUGGACGGUGGUGCGUCAUCGUUUUCAUUCAAUUUCGAUGAUGGGUUUCGAAAAAUGUUCAGACUUUGUGGUUCGGCUAUCAGGGAUUUCUUUAUUCCUAAACAAGUUAGUGGGAAUUACAUGGACUAUGUAAAAUGGAAGCUUUUGCACCGGGUUUUCAGCUCGGCGCUCCAGGUUCUUUCCACUCAGGCAAUGUUACGGGCUAUAGGAAUUGGGUAUUCUCGUUCACUACCAUCUGCGGCUGCCCUUAACUGGGUCUUGAAGGAUGGACUUGGACGGCUAAGUAGGUGCAUCUAUACUGCUGGCCUAGCAUCUGUGUUUGAUACCAAUUUGAAGAGAGUUAGGUUCUCAACGUCUGUCAUGUUCAGUUUGAGCAUUGGAGUGGAGUUGCUGACUCCUGUGUUUCCUCAACACUUCUUGCUUCUUGCAUCUAUUGCUAACAUUGCCAAACAAAUAAGCCUUGCAUCCUACUUAGCGACUAAUACAGCUAUUCGCCAAAGCUUUGCUAUAGCAGAUAACCUUGGUGAAGUUUCUGCAAAGGCACAGAUUCAAACAGUGUGCUUUGAUAACCUCGGCCUUUUGCUUGCCGCAAUUCUGAAUAUUUUGUUGAAGAACAAUCAAAGCUUGCAAGCAAGUUUACCUUUCGUCAUAUACCCCAUUUUCUCAGCAGUCGACCUUUUCGGAAUACAUCAGGGGCUUAAGCACGUCCAUUUGCAGACACUAACAAAGGAUAGACUUGAGAUCAUACUAAAUAUUUGGAUCGAGUCAGGAUAUGUGCCUUCACCUGCAGAAGUGAGUAAAGAGGAAGGAGUUGAUUUUUUGUGGAAUAAAGGCAAAAAAAACUGGCCUAUCAGAAUAGGGUGCUUAAAUCCGAAGGAUCAGAUACCCAAGUUGUCAAUGAUGGCAAUGCAAUAUUCUAGUGGUGAGGAUUAUUACUUUAUAUGCAUGGAGAUCUUCCAUAAAGGAGUGAAAAGAACUAAGCAGCAAGGUAUACUUCUCUGUCUACGGGAAGGGGCCAGUACUGCAGAUAUUAUCAUGGGUUUGUUACAGGCAUGCUAUAUCCGCAAGGCCCUCCUUGUGAGGAGGAGUUGGUGGGAGAGCAUUCUCAGAGUUGGUGAUGCAUUGGAUUCUGUUCUCAAUGAAUGGUAUAAGGUGAUUGAGGAUAGCAAGAGAUGUGCCCAAAGGGAUUUGUCUCUGUUGUGUGAACAAAUGUUGGGACUCGGUUGGGCUGCUAAGAACAUUUUGUUAAGCACAGAGGAGCAGGCUCGAUACAGUUUUGUAGAUGAUUAAAGGUUUUAUAUUUCUUUCUUCAAGAUUAGUGGCUACUCCUUUAUACCAUUGGAGAGUUUUGGGGAUGAAUGAAUCUUAACUUAAAGCUGACAAUUUGUGUCUAAGCCAUCUGUAACAUUCUGUUUAUAUAAGCAGCUAUCAUCUGUUGUAGUCAUUUGUAAACGAGCAAAUAAUAAGGAAAUUUUGACUCUUGUAUUUGCUAACCA